AUGCUGGCCGCGGCGCUGCCCGAGUGGAUCAAGGCCGGCAGCCAGUGCUGCUACGUCUCCAAGACGCAAGGACGAUCCACCCACCGGGUCAGAGUCCAGAAGGUCGACGAGGGGCAGCAGCUGGCCGCCGCCCUCGGAGUGCCCCCGUCGCGGCAGCCCCCGCACUCGGGCCGGCUCCAGGGCAAGUCUCUCUUCAGGGCCCGGAUGCCUCACGCACCUCGCCGCCAGCAAAUCGGAGAAGCCAGCCGCUCGCCCACCGAGGUCACGAUCUUCUUCGACGAGAAGCGGAAGCGAGUCCACCUAAGCAGUGGAGUGUUGGGCAAGUUUGGGCAAUGCGAGAUCUGCCUCAGAGCCUCGGGCGUGGCAGACCUGCUGCCCCCAGGAGCUUGCGUCCGUCUGCUCCGCAUCGACCUAGCAGUACCGCUGCUUGGUCGUUGA